AUGGCGUGUAAAGGCCCUGGUACAGAUGGCCCUCUACAGACAGCCCUACUAGAAUCCACCCCUAUAGCUGCAUUCCUUGAUAAACAUCGCAGCCAAACCACCAGCCUGGCCCCUCACCUACUGAGAGCCCUCACUGCUCUAAGGGAUGACCUCACCUCAGUAGCCCAACGACAUUUCAACGCCUAUAUCAGCGGUAUCUCGACGACCUCCAUUCUACCUGCCCUGUCCCCUUCCCCUUCCCCUU